UUUAAUCGUUGGCGGCGCGAACUGCGAACCUUGGAUCAGAAUCAGAUGCUUGCGUCAGUAGUCAGAACAGGAAUUGUGGCAUACUUAUGUGUGAUAAGUUCCGCUGUAAGGCGAACUGAUUUGCGUUUAGGGAGGUUGUGAUGUUAACAAUUGCCGAUAUAACCUACUAGAUAAAAAAAAUGCAGGUAGAAACAGAGAAUAAAGCCAUAGCGUUGUUGCCACAGGUUAAUGAAGAAUUGUUACGUGAAGCUGAGGAUAUAUUCAGAAAGCACGGUGAUUUUACUGAUGAUGUCUUGCUUGCUCUUCAUUCACUAUAUGGUAAUCCAUUUGAGCGAGCUUUGGAACUCCUUGAAAAAAAUUGUGUUGUUUUUUUACGAACAACGAAUAAAUUAAGAUAUGUUAUACAGGUAAAGGUAACAGGGAGUUCGGGGACACCAUACACCGUUUUUCCAUCAGUUAACUACUGCUCUUGCCCUGCAUAUCGUUAUCAUGUAGCUGGAACCCAGACUGACUUGACGUGCAAGCAUGUUCUUGCAGGAAAGCUCUGUGAAAUAAUGGGUAAAGGCAGAGAAGUGGUUGUGUCAGCAAAUGAAAUGAUAAGAAUCCUCUGUAGUGCAGCAAAACUUGACACCAAAUAGACUUGGCAAUGUUGCUAUUGCCAAAGAGAUUUGGUAGUGUAAGAUUCUUCUUUAAUGAUUGCCUACAUUAAUAUAAGGUACCAUCCAAAAUAUUGUGUAGUAUUCACAAAGAAAGUGAACGCCAUUGUAACUAUAAUAAUUUACAGUGUAAUCACUUCCACAUCAGUCCUAAAAUUAUAUGUAAGUUGUUUACUGUCUCAUAUUAUUAUUGUCAGUGCAGUUGAAAGUAUCAUACUGUAGUAAUUUGUUGCCAUAGAUGUCAUGGGCAUUGUUUAAUUCUGAAAAUACAUUUCACAAAUGGGAUUGUAGCCUGUUACAACAUAUGAUGUAACAUGGAGUUUAUUCAUUUAUCCUUCUAUUGACAAUAUGCUCUGUUUGUAUGUCAUCUGAAUUUGUACAUCUAUUAAAUAUACACUGUUUAAAUAAACACAA